CUGACCCAAGAAGGUUGGGCUUGGAUGGACUUUGAGUGACAUCCAUUCCACCCCACUGAGCUUCGAUUCCUAUCAGUUUUACUCAUCUCCGUUCUUUACCUUCCUGAACGACACCGAGACCAGACACGGUUUGGGGCACAGUUAAGGUGGUAGCAGUAGCAUUGUUAGGCCAUAUCUCCUUUUUUUCUCUGCCUUGUAUUGAGGUAAAACUCACAAAUAUUAUAACUUUGAUCUGGGGAAGCAAUGGCAUGGAGAGGACAUCUUUCGAAAAACAUAAAAGAACUUCGGUUUUUGAUGUGCCAGUCAUCUCCUGCAAGCUCACCUGCAAGGGCUUUUGUGGAGAGGAAUUAUAAGGAACUAAAGACAUUGAACCCAAAAUUGCCAAUAUUAAUUCGUGAGUGCAGUGGAGUUGAACCUCAAUUAUGGGCAAGAUAUGAUUUGGGUGUUGAGAAAGGCAUCAAAUUGGAAGGCUUGUCCGAAGCACAGAUCUUUAAGGCACUUGAAGAUUUGUCAAAAGCAGGACAGUCUUUGAAAGCUUGAUAUUGCUGCUUAUGCACUGUCUUAAGUGGAAUAAAUGCUCUCUUGCUGCCCUUGUUAUUGCAAAUUGCUGUUUGAUUUAAAAUAAGCCAGGCCUUUUUUUUUCUCUGUUCUAUGGCCUCUGGUUUCAGCCUGUCUCUGCAUCUUACAUCAUUUCAAGUAUGACACUGUUCAUUGUAAGUUCAAAACCCUGGUUUUUCAUGUUGAGCACACUUGUCGAGGGAGAUUUAUUCAGACCAAAGAUUAUAUGACUACUGGUCUAUGUCAAAGGUUGACUUGCCAGAGAACGUGAUUCUGUAUUGGCUGUGUAACUAAAACCAAAGCAUAAACCCAUCUAUGAUGUUUUCUCCUAAAGUAGUAGACCAUUUUAUGUUGCUGGAAUGGUUUCUUUCCCUGUUCCUGUAUUAUGUGUCCAUGAUCUAAUAUAUAUAUAUAUAAAGGCUUAGUUGCAUUUUUGGCA